GCAGGUUCUGCAUCAUGGUGUCCCACCGCUGGCACAAAAGGCUGGCCUGGGUCCGAGGAUCUUUAACGGGAGAGGACCAGGAGCUAUCUCCAUACACUGCAAUCAUGACAGACUCUGAGAAGCAGGACCUGAAGAAGCCCAAGAAAAAGGUGGAGGUCUGUGGCUACCCCCUCAGCAUCUUCUUCAUUGUGGUGAAUGAGUUCUGCGAGAGAUUCUCCUACUAUGGAAUGCGAGCGGUGCUGGUCCUGUACUUCAGGUACUUCCUGAAGUGGGAUGAUGACAUGGCCACCUCCAUCUACCACACCUUUGUGGCCCUCUGCUACCUGACGCCCAUCCUGGGUGCCAUCGUGGCCGACUCCUGGCUGGGGAAGUUCAAGACCAUCGUCUACCUGUCCAUCGUCUACACCAUCGGGCAGGCUGUGAUGGCGGUGAGUGCUAUUCACGACAUCACGGACACGGACGGGGACGGAACACCGAACAACAUGACCCUCCACGUUGUGCUCUCCAUGGUGGGGCUGCUGCUCAUCGCCCUGGGGACGGGUGGGAUCAAGCCCUGCGUGGCGGCCUUCGGUGGGGACCAGUUUGAGGACCACCAGGAGAAACAGAGGAGCACGUUCUUCUCCAUCUUCUACCUGUCCAUCAACGCUGGAAGUCUCCUGUCCACCAUCAUCACUCCAAUCCUCAGAGGUCAGGAGUGCGGCAUCAGGUCCCAGCAGAAGUGCUACUCGCUGGCCUUCGGCGUCCCCGCCGCCCUCAUGGUGGUCGCCCUGCUUGUGUUCAUCGUCGGGAGCAGCAUGUACACCAAGGCGGCCCCAAAAGGCAACAUCAUGCUGGAAGUCUGCAAGUGCAUUGGGUUUGCAUUGAAGAACCGCUUCAGGCACAGAAGCAAACAGCAUCCCAAGCGAGAGCACUGGAUGGACUGGGCCAACGAGAAAUAUGACAAACUCCUCAUCGCUCAAAUCAAGAUGGUGCUGAAGGUUCUGUUCCUUUACAUCCCGCUGCCUAUGUUCUGGGCGCUGUUCGACCAGCAGGGCUCGCGCUGGACCCUCCAGGCCACCACCAUGGACGGGAACUUUGGAGCUCUCAUCAUUCAGCCGGAUCAAAUGCAGACUGUGAACCCGAUCCUCAUCUUGGUGCUGGUGCCCAUCGUGGACAGCGCUGUCUACCCGCUGAUCAAGAAGUGCGGCCUCAACUUCACGCCUCUGAAGAGAAUGACCGUGGGGAUGCUGCUGGCGGGCCUGGCCUUCGUGGCAGCAGCGCUGGUGCAGAUCGAGAUUGACAAAACCUUGCCAACCUUCCCAUCCAAAUCCCAAAGUCAGGUGAAAUUCCUAAACCUGGGUGGCAACCCUGUGGACAUAACUGUUGGCACCGAAACUAUGCAUGUUGGCGCUUUUCAGGCCACUGUGGAUUACACGACGUAUGACACAGCCAGCAUAAAGGUCUCUGUGGCCUCUAUAAGUGAGACAGUCUACUUACAGAAAGGAGCACGGGAGACUCUGCUGAUCGACCCUGCCAACAAAACAAUGGAUUUGAUCGACGAUAUAACUAAAAAGCCAGAGGAAGGCAAUAAUGCCAUCAGAUUUGUGAAUGGUAUGGAUUCAGUAUUGAACGUGUCAACAAGUAAAACAGACUAUGGAGCGGUUUGGCCCUACACUGCUUCAAACUACUCUCAGAUACCGGAGGGGAAGACCACCUUCACAAUCAAGAAUGAUGCAGGGGACACGUGUGAAUUCACCAUGACACUGGGAUUUGGUAGCUCUUUCACUGUCCUCAUCCCCAGCACAUUCAAAUGGGACCAAAAUUGCACAUCUACCAUAGAGCCUAUUAUGGACAUCAAACCCAACACCUUCCACAUGGCCUGGCAGAUCCCACAGUACUUCCUCAUGACCACUGGAGAGGUGGUCUUCUCUGUCACCGGCCUUGAGUUCUCCUACUCACAGGCUCCAAGCAACAUGAAGUCAGUGCUUCAGGCUGGAUGGCUGUUUACUGUCGCCGUGGGCAACAUCAUUGUGCUGAUUGUGGCAGAGGCAGCACAGCUCCCAGAUCAGUGGGCAGAGUACAUCCUUUUUGCCUCCCUCCUGGUGGCAGUGUGCAUAAUCUUUGCUGUGAUGGCCUACUUCUACACUUACGUGGACCCUUCAGAGAUAGAAGCCCAGUUCAACAAGGAUGGAACAGAAGAAGAAAAGAAACAGGAGAAGGACAGCAUCCCAAUGAAGAAGAAAGACUCCAUCGAGCACCACGACGAAGACAUCAAGCAAACCAAGAUCUAAACACCUCGAUAAGCUUCUUUUUUUUUGCCCCAGUGGGUUGAAUUGGUUUGGUGUCAUGCAUCUGGGGCUAUGGCACAGCCCUGCAGUGCUCAAAGAGGACAGUCUGUUAUGAGUAAAUAGAACGUAAUGCUUCACCGGCAUCAGAUCAUUCUACCCCUGACACCAAGGUGCUUCCAAACUGAGAUUAAGACGGUUGUGUCCAUGACAGCGAUGGAGCUGGUGAAACACCAUGCAGUGUAGUAUUGCGUAAGAGUGGCUUUUGAAAGGGAAGAGUGAAUCGCUCCAGUUUUUGGGAGAGAGCUGAACAAAACAAGAAGCAUGACACUUUAUUAUACUUUAG